GAAACAGCACUGUUCCAGCCGGGUAUCUUCACUGAAGAGUGUUGAUCAGACUGCAGUGGUCGGAUCUUCAUUUAAUUUGACAUGAUUUUCUCACUCGGACUCUCUUGAUAAAAUCAUUCUUCUGUUCUGAUAACACCUGAGUUCUCCAGCAUCAUGCCUGUGAACUCCAUCCAUUGGUUCAGGAAGGGACUGCGUCUCCAUGACAACCCGGCCCUCCUGGAGGCAGUGAAGGGGGCCGACACGCUCCGCUGCGUCUACUUCCUGGACCCCUGGUUCGCCGGGACAUCAAACCUUGGUGUGAACCGAUGGAGGUUUCUGCUGCAGUCUCUGGAGGAUCUGGACUCUCGUCUGCGUGAACUCAGAUCACGUCUGUUUGUGAUCCGCGGUCAGCCGGCAGACAUCUUCCCUCGACUCUUCAAGGAGUGGAAGAUCUCUCGGCUGACGUUUGAGUGUGACUCGGAGCCGUUCGGGAAGGAGCGAGACGCAGCCAUAAAGAAACUGGCGUGUGAAGCUGGAGUGGAGGUCACAGUGAAGAUCUCACACACGCUGUAUGAUCUGGACAGGAUCACUGCGCUGAACGGCGGUCAGCCUCCUCUCACAUUCAAACACUUUCAGACUCUGGUGAGCAGUCUAGAACCUCCAGAACCUCCAGCAGAACCUCUGAACAGAGAACUGAUGAGAAACUGUGUGACACCUGUCAGUCAAAACCAUCAGCAGAAAUACAGUGUACCACUACUGGAUGAACUCGGGUUCGACACUACAGAUUUGACUCCUGCGGUUUGGCCCGGUGGAGAAUCAGAGGCGCUGAUGCGUAUGGAGCGACACAUCGGACCCGAUUCUGCCGCUGCGUGGCAGGAGAACGUGGAGCGGCCCAAGAUGAACUCUAGUCUACUGUUGGCGAGUCCUCCGGGUUUGAGUCCGUACCUGCGCUUCGGCUGUCUGUCCUGCCGUCUCUACUAUCAAAAACUCACAGAGCUCUAUAAGAAGGUGAAGAAGAGCGGCAGUCCCUCCGUCUCUCUGUACGAUAAGAUCCUGUGGAGGGAGUUCUUCUACACGGCCGCCACCAACAACCCUCGAUUCGACCGCAUGGAGGGAAACCCCAUCUGCAUCCGCAUCCCGUGGGACAAGAACGCCGAAGCGCUGGCCAAGUGGGCCGAAGCCAAGACGGGUUUCCCCUGGAUCGACGCCAUCAUGACUCAACUGCGUCAGGAGGGAUGGAUUCAUCAUCUGGCGCGUCACGCCGUGGCCUGUUUCCUGACCCGUGGAGAUCUGUGGAUCAGCUGGGAGGAGGGCAUGAAGGUGUUCGAGGAGCUCUUAUUGGACGCAGACUGGAGCGUGAAUGCGGGCAGCUGGCUCUGUCACUCCUGUAGCUCCUUCUUUCAGCAGUUCUUUCACUGUUACUGUCCCGUCGGCUUCGGACGCAGAAUCGACCCAAACGGAGACUUCAUCAGACGUUACUUACCUGUCCUCCGAGAUUUCCCUGCCAAGUUCAUCUACGACCCUUGGAACGCUCCGGAGGACGUGCAGGUGGCCGCCGGCUGCGUGAUCGGGGUGGAUUAUCCCAAACCCAUGGUGAACCACGCGGAGGCUAGUCGACUGAACAUCGAGAGGAUGAGACAGAUCUACCAGCAGCUCUCCAGAUACAGAGGACUCAGUCUGCUGUCCAAUCACACGGAGUCAUCGAGCGUAAGUGAAGGAAAGCACAGAAAACAUCGAUACGUUCUCGGCCACCGUACAUCACCCUACACCAUUCAGAGGGGUUUGAAAGGCCACGCCCACGAAUUCGCCGUCCAUCAAUCGGGAGGUUUGCAGGUUGGCGGCGGUGCAGGGAGGAGCGAAAGGGAGGCGGAGCAUGACAGUGGCCAAGAGGACGAGAUCGGUCAAAACCUAAUGAGCUGACUAUCUAGGCAUCAUUUUGAGAAAUCAUCUUAAGACGUGGGAUGAAGCAGAGGGCGUGGCCAACUCUUCUCAAGCUCCACCCACUUAACUGUUUCUAAAAUGUGUUAUAAACAUUGUUUACCUCAACUGUAAGUCGCCUUGGAUAAAAGCGUCUGCUAAAUAACUUAAUGUAAGUGAAUAUAGAUUUGAUGUUAAAGUCCCCUUGAAGUGGAAGUUCCGAUCAUUUUUACUUCCGCAUUUCGACAUGAAAUGGAACGAAGGAUAAUAGUGGGCGAGGCUUUCGUCUUUCUCUGCGAUUUGAUUGGACGUACAAAAACAGCCGUUGUGAAAUGAAUCUGGCAGCAGACUGACAGUUGAAGGGGAGGAGUUAACAGAGGCUCCGCCCAAGCCGUCAUUUAAGAUAGCUAUUUACAAUAAACAAGGCAAUAUUUCAUGAAAAAAUAAGAAUUGACAUUUUUAACUUCAACGCACAGAGAACUUUUUACAUUUGAAAUGUAUUUAACAAUUUUAAUAUUUAAAGUUGAUUUAUUGUCCCAUGUAAUAGAUUUUGUAAUCAAAUGCAAAAUCGAAAUAUUGUUAAAAGACUAAAACAGUGUUUGUGUGCAACAAGACUCAAGAUGAAUAACCUAGAUUGCAAACAUUCAUUCUGAAUUGUGCAAGUUUGAAAGAAUGAAUAUUGACAGAAAUGUUUGUUGGUAACGGCAACGGCAACGAUCGCUCCAUCACGUGUUGCCAUGGUGAUGUCGCACGUCUGGGGUACAAACUUUCUGUAGUUUUGUAGAAUGUGUCUCUUGUUCAGAUGUAUUUAUUCAACCGUGUGUCAAGUCUUCAGUUGUUUUAUUUAACAUGUCUUCAAUCAUCCACGACCAGCCGAACUAAUGCUGAUCGUUUAUUCUUUCGAUUCAGCGUUUUGUACCGUAUGAAGCUGUACAGUUUUACACAUUUUACGUUUUGUACGAAAUAUUUGUAGCCAUUUUGAAUAUUGAAGAUAAACCACUGUAUAUCAGUUUGUAAAGUUCCUCUUUCUGCAAAUAAAACUAUUUCAAUGACA